UUUGUUUGGUUGGGUGUAAUGCUAUUACACCCUGAUUCCGUUCCGCAUCUAUUACGGACGUUGGCUGUAAUAGCCAUUCUGAUAUUCAAGCACGGAUUAGGGAUUCCCCCCAAUUCCUUACCAUCUUUUCCAUUUUCUGCCCUCAUCCUCUCCGACGUUUCGCAAGAUGACAACAUUGAAAGCCAAAGGGAGGGCGAGGGCAGUGGAAAUAGAAAGGAAAAAUGAGCUUAAAACAUCACCAUAACUCUAACUCCGCAACAGCUGCUUAAUCUCUCUCUUUUGAUGACAUGGCCGACUUCUUCUCUCUUCCCCUUGACGACGCCGCUUCCACUCUUGGCGUUUGCACCUCUGUUCUCAAGAAAAUCUGCCGUGAAAAUGGUCUCGACAGAUGGCUUCACUGCAAGCCGGAUGCAGGUUUAGCUGCAGCUAUACUGAUGCAGAACCUCAGCAGGAUAUCUAUGAAUGAAUGUUCUUCUACAGGCUGCUACUGCAUAUUCAAAGGGAGAGUUGGAGUACGCGGCUUAUCUUUCUGAUCAGGAAAAGAUACAAACUAAAUUGGCACGGGAAGCAGAUGAAGGGGCAAGCCAGAGUAUAUUUAAAGCUAGGUUAGUCCUUGUAUAACUAACUGAAAGGGCAGACUGUAAAUUCUUAUCAACAAAGAUAGAGUUGCUGCGUUCUUUUACUUUCAUUAGAAACUCGGUUUGGUACGGAGCAUCUUUCCUACUGCAGGUAACCUAUUUGUUUGACAAGAUGGAAGAAUGUUUGGGGAUUGUUUUGCUUGAAGCGUUGCAGAAUGGCGCGACAGUGCUAGAUUUAAAGAAGUUGGAAAAUCUAUUUUAUUAUAUUUUUGAUACUUAAAGUUGGGGAGUUUCCAGUGACACCCUAGUUGUUCUAUCUUCGAUUUUGUUGCUGGCAUGAGUUGAUUUGUUUAGCAUUUUAUAGAAUAGAUGAAUUAGUCAUAUUGUAUCUGUUACGUGGAUUAUGGUUCAUGGCUUUAUCUUACAAUAAUCCUUGUAUUAACCUAUUCAUCCAACAAUAAUUUCUUGUUCUGUUGGAUUCAUCCAACUUUUUUGGACCCUGGCAAAUUUUACAUGGUGGCCAAAGUAAACAGAACAUUUUCUUUGUUGACCAA